GUGACCAGCAUGUGACCGGAAACACCACGGCACGUGACAGGAAGCAACGGGGCAGCAGCGAUCACGUGACUCCAACGGGAACCGCGAUGGCGGCGGAGUGGCUGCUGCUGGCGCUGGCGCUGGCGCUGCCCCCCGAGCGCCCCCUGGCGGCCGAGCCCCGCAAGGUCCAGAUCGGUGUCCGGCGGCGGCCGGAGCGGUGUGGGGACAGGUCCCGGCGCGGGGAUGUGCUCACCCUGCACUACUCGGGCACACUGGAGGAUGGGACCCCCUUCGACAGCAGCCUGAGCCGGGACCAGCCCUUCGUGUUCUCCCUGGGCACCGGACAGGUCAUCAAGGGCUGGGACCAGGGGCUACUGGGGAUGUGCGAGGGGGAAAAGAGGAAACUCGUGAUCCCUCCGGAGCUGGGUUAUGGGGACAGAGGGGCCCCCCCGAAAAUCCCAGGUGAGCCCUGAAACCCCCCCAGGGGGUUUUGGGGUAAAAAUUGGGAAUUUGGGGUAAAA